AUGCUGAGCUUACUUUAUGUGCUGCCGCUCAUCUUGAUGGAUAUUUUUUUUCAGAAUGACUGGCAUAGGAAAAAGAUUUUAAGCGAGUUGGGGAAUUAUAACGUCAAAUUGGUAAGAAGAAGAAGUCGCGUUUUAUCGGACAACACAACAGGUCGAAUAAACUUUUUGGAUGGAAUUAAAGAAGGGUACAAACCGCUGUUUGACGUUUUGAAAAAUUAA